UGUAGUCCAAUGUGAGGACCAAAUGUCCAGAUAAUGACCUUGUGAUGACUCUUUACACUUUUCUGAGUUCUCAUCACAGGUUUCCUUGCUGUAACUCACACACACUCAUACACACUCAGGCCUUUGUGUGUGUGCAUGUGUGUUUUUUCUUUGUACAGGGCAAUUGAGCCGUUUGAUCUCUUCCUCCUGUCCAGUGCACAGCAGGAAAUAGAGAGAGAGAGCGAGCGAGAGAGAGAGGAUUGGCUGAGGGAGGAUGGGAAGGACACUCCGAGUGAACAUUCUGAUGAUGGGGAACAAACACACCUUCAGCGAUGCACUAACUCUGAACUCUGAUCCUGAUUUCACUGCUCUGUAAGAAGGACCUGUGUGUGUGUGUGUGUGUGUGUGUGAGGGAGAGAUGGAUCUAACACAGGAAGGUUCUGGUUGGUGUUCUGAUUGUCAGAAUGAGAAUGGUUCAAAUUAUUGGGAUUAUUCAGAUUACUGGGCUGAAAUGUCCUCAGCCUUCAGCCACUCUGAACUGGUUGCCGUAACGACACUGUGUGUGCCACUGCUAGUGCUCGGCCUGAUGGGUAAUAUUCUUACUAUCCUGGUGGUGUGGCUCCGCCCCCAGAUGAGAAGCACCACCUACCUUUACCUGAGCAGCAUGGCGGUGUCGGAUAUCUUGAUGCUGGUACUGAUGCCCCUCGACCUGUACAAGCUCUGGUGGUACCGACCCUGGUUUCUUGGUGACGCAGUGUGUAAACUCUCUCAGUUUGUGAGCGAGUGCUGCACUUUCUCCUCCAUCCUGCACAUGACUGCAUUAGGGGCGGAGCGUUACGUGGGUGUGUGCUUUCCACUCAGAGCCCGCCUCCUGGUGACACGGGGGCGUGUCCGUGUGCUGAUUGGUGCACUGUGGGGUGUAAGUGUCCUGAGUGCAGGCCCUGUGCUGGUGCUCGUAGGGGCGGAGCCUGUAGAAGGUAAUCUGACUGAGUGCCGUGUGACCCAGUGGGCGGAGUCUUCGGGGCUGAUGGUGGCCAUGUUGUGGCUCUCGAACCUGUAUUUCAUCAUUCCACUGAUGACACUAACGAUGCUCUACACACUCAUUGCUCGCCGACUACGCCAACGUAGACACGUCCAUCGAGACCAGACCCACCGCCAGACACUAAGGAUGAUGGUGGUGAUAGUGUGUGUGUUUGUGGUGUGUUGGUUGCCGUUUCAUGUCGCUCGUACGUUGUUCUGUUUGUCUCUGAGCUCCAGCGUUCAGGUUUAUUUCCUCUCUCAGUAUCUGAAUCUCGUUUCCUUCGUGCUGUUCUACUGCAGCGCUGCCAUCAACCCACUGCUCUACAACAUCAUGUCCUCCCGUUACCGUGACAACGUUCGCGCCCUACUCCGCCCGCGCACUCGACCCCUGCCGGCCCCCUCCCCUUCCAGCACACACUUUUGACCUGUGUGUGUGAGCUGUACUGCACUGUGUGUGUGGGUGUGUGUGUAAGCUGUACUGCACUGUGUGUGUGGGUGUGUGUGUAAGCUGUACUGCACUGUGUGUGUGGGUGUGUGGGUGUGUGUGUAAGCUGUACUGCACUGUGUGUGUGGGUGUGUGUGUGGGUGUGUGUGUAAGCUGUACUGCACUGUGUGUGGGUGUGUGUGUGAGCUGUACUGCACUGUGUGUGUGGGUGUGUGUGUGAGCUGUACUGCACUGUGUGUGAGUGUGUGUGUGAGCUGUACUGCACUGUGUGUGUGGGUGUGUGUGUGAGCUGUACUGCACUGUGUGUGUGGGUGUGUGUGUGAGCUGUACUGCACUGUGUGUGGAUGUGUGUGAGCUGUACUGCACUGUGUGUGUGUGUGAGCUGUACUGCACUGUGUGUGGAUGUGUGUGUGUGUACUGCACUGUGUGUGUGUGGGUGUGUGUACGUGUGGGUGUGUGUACGUGUACUGCACUGUGUGUGUGUACGUGUACUGCACUGUGUGUGUGUGGGUGUGUGUAUGUGUGGGUGUGUGUACUGCACUGUGUGUGUGUGGGUGUGUGUACGUGUGGGUGUGUGUGUACUGCACUGUGUGUGUGUGUGGGUGUGUGUACUGCACUGUGUGUGUGUGUGUGUGUGUGUGUGUGGGCAGAAGGUCACAUGGUUGUAACUGUUCACUAAUCAGCUAAAACAAUACAAACUUAAAGAGCUGUAAAAGUCCCACAGACAGUUAGAAUUAAUUUGAGCCCCAGUCAGAGCCUCUGAAGGGAAGAAGCUGUUGUUUACUCUCUGUGUGUGUUAAAAGAGUUUUAUAUCAUAUAUAAAAGCUGUUUUGUUUCCAUGGAAACAGACAUUGAGGUUUAUUGCUUACACAGUAUUUGUGUGUGUGUGGAUUCUUUUGCAAACAUCAGAGUAAAACAUUUUCAGACAAACAUUUUAAUCAUUAUUAGCAAAAUAGCCUGAACACAAUAAAAUGAAAUUUCCAGUAAAAAACGAUAUGAAGCGACGAUGAUAAAUAAACUCAACACUUACACACUUUAUCCAAGUUCUGAAAGUAAAUCUCUAAAAGAAACUCAAUGAAAAGCUGCAAUUAUAAUAAUGCAGAUGUGUGAACA